AUGCCCCAGCCGGAGUUUGUUAAAGAACGUUUGCGUGCUUUGGAUAAGAUUGAUCGAGACUUAAGCUCAAUACUACACUAUGCACAACAAAGCAUUUCCACUCUAAUGGAACUGAAGAGAGGCCUAAACUUAAGACCACAGUUCCAGCAGCAUGUUCGUGAAUACUAUAAAACCUUAGAAGGUAGUACGGUAGCAUUAAGGAACGAAAUUAAGUUACUUGAUGAUGCAGUUGGUACUCAAUUACUGCCUAUAAAUAUAAGCAAAAAGGCUGUUGGUCAGGACCAGGAAAUGAUGCUAGAGCAGUUCAGCAAGUUGGAAAAACAUCUUGGAUGA